GUUAGGUUAGGUCUCCACUUCUCUACCGUUGGUCGUGUGACCCGCCGAGCCUGCUCUCGAAACUCGAAACACUUCAGUGCCGGUCCGAACGUGAACGAUUGCGCUGUCUCCCUGCGAGCUGCUCGUAUCGCAAAUCCCCUGACUCAUCUUGUGCAACUUUUUUCUCGAUAAACUUUUAUUUUAUUGGAAAGUUAUAUCGAGUACUUGGGAUUCACGAAAAUUGCACUACUUUCGAAUUAGGAAGAGAAAAAAAAGAACAGAAAAUCGAGAAUGCGCAUUUUGGGAUAUUUAAUUCCGGGGGGGCUACAUCAAAUUUCUCGCAAUUUCGCAGUUAUGAGCGGAAAUCAGGAUUACAAAUCGGCCAAGUCGAUUUACGACUUUGAGGCGAACUCGAUAAAGGGCGAUGUCGUACCUUUGUCAAAUUACAAAGACCACGUUUGCUUGAUCGUUAAUGUGGCAUCGAAAUGUGGUCUCACAGCCACCAAUUACAAGGAGCUCAACGAGCUUUACGACAAAUAUGCAGAUUCGAAGGGUUUGAAAAUUUUGGCAUUCCCAUGCAACCAAUUCAACGGCCAAGAGCCAGGAACACCGGAGGACAUUUGCAGUUUCGCCGAUCGUCAAAAGGUGAAAUUCGACCUUUUCGAGAAGAUUGACGUUAACGGUGAGAACACGCAUCCACUAUGGAAGUACUUGAAGAAGGAACAGGGUGGAAUCCUGGGCAACUUCAUCAAGUGGAAUUUCACGAAAUUCAUCGUCGACAAAGAGGGCAAAGUAGUUGAGCGCCACGGACCAAACGUUGAUCCCAGCCAGUUGGAAUCUCAUCUCGAGAAGUACUUUUGAGACGAGCAAAUCUCAGAUUAUCCCAAAAGCGCAUUUGUGAAAGAACCAAAAACAACAACAACUGAAUCAAAUUAUUACGCACUCUAUUAAUUUCGCUCAAUCAUUCACAUCGUAGCGCUUACUGUCAUGCUUGUUAAAUUACCUCUGCGAUUUUCUCAGUUGUAGCAACUGUCGUAGUCCUUGAAACAAACUUUUUCGAUCUUGAUUUUUUUUAAUACAAUUUUUGUUUUUUACUACUCGAAAAAUAUCUCAAUUCGUACAGUUUUUUCCAAUAUACGCUUAUUAAUUCGUAAGAACUCACGACACUUCGUGUACCAAGCGAAAUUCUUUAAGUUGGAAAACAAAUAUAUUUUGUUACGUAAAAAAUGCUUUUUUAAGUUAAUCGAUAGUCUGCAUAGGGAAUCUUUCACGCGUACGUGUAUAAUGGGGACCAUGUACUAUCUCGUGAUGAAUUACGUAUUUAAUAAAUAAUAUUGUCUCAACGA